UUAUUUCCUUUACAACUCAACUCGAAUAUUUUAUAUUCGAAAUUUCAGUUUUCAUUUUGUUUUAAUGUUUAUUUGGAAAUCAGCUGCGUUUCUUGUUAUAUUCUUCUACAAACUGAAUAUUUUUGUUUAGUAAUUUAUAUAAAAUUUGUGAAUUUUGAAUCAUAAUUCUUUAUUUUAUUAAUUUAUGGAUCUAGAUGCUGAUAAGUUUUUAAGGAGAGCAUUCAAACGAAUCGAUGAUGCCAAGAUCAGAGCAAGGCCAGAAUUAAACGAUAAAGAAGGGAAUGGAUGGACUAAAUUAAAUUAUGCAGAAAAGUUUGAACUUGAUUUAAAUGCUGUAAGAGCUAAAGAUAAUGUUGAACGAAUUCAUGUGAAAGAUGUAUCCCCGGAUGUAUUUAUUGAAAAAUAUGAGAAAAUAUACAAGCCCGUUGUCAUUACUGGAAGCACAGACGAAUGGAAGGCUCGAUACAAAUGGAAUUUACCUCGCCUUGUUCGAAAAUAUCGGAAUCAAAAAUUUAAAUGUGGUGAAGACAAUGAAGGUUACAGUGUGAAACUAAAGAUGAAAUAUUUUAUUUAUUACAUGGAGCAUAACAAAGAUGACAGUCCAUUAUAUAUAUUUGACAGCAGUUUUGGAGAACACCCUCGCAGAAAAAAGUUGCUAGACGAUUAUGAUAUUCCCAAGUUCUUCCGAGAUGAUCUUUUUAAAUAUGCUGGUGAAGAGAGGAGGCCACCUUAUAGAUGGUUUGUCAUGGGAUCUGCUAGAUCUGGAACAGGAAUUCAUAUUGAUCCACUGGGCACCAGUGCUUGGAAUUCUCUUAUCGAAGGACAUAAAAGGUGGUGCUUGUUUCCAACUCAUACUCCUAAAGAGAUGAUCAAAGUUAGACCAGAAGAAGGUGGUAAACAAGGAGAUGAAGCUGUUACUUGGUUCCAAUACAUAUAUCCUAGAACUCAACAACCUGAUUGGCCACAAGACUGCAAGCCCUUGGAACUUCUCCAAGGUCCUGGAGAGACUGUUUUUGUGCCUGGAGGAUGGUGGCAUGUUGUUGUAAACAUGGAUACCACCAUUGCAGUGACUCAGAACUUUUGUAGUCUUACAAAUUUUCCUAUAGUGUGGCAUAAAACUAUUAGAGGAAGACCUAAACUCUCAAGAAAGUGGUAUAAAAUUUUAAGGGAAAAAAGACCAGAGUUAGCUGCAAUUGCUGACCGCAUAGAUGUAAAUGCUAAUACUGGUGUAGCUUCGGACAGUUCGAGUGGAUCUAGUUCAUCAUCUUCAUCAGAUGAAUCAUCUGUUUGCUCUAGUUCUGAAAGUGAUGAUUCUGGUAAAGCUAGUAUAACUGAUCGCAAAAAGAAAAGGAAACGAUCUAAUCAUGAAAAUGAGAAUAAACGUUUUAGAAGAUAACAUUGGGACAUACUAGCCUAAAAGAAUAAAAUCAUUUUUAUCAUGGAAUUUUUCUUUAAAUCCACCAAAGUGUACUAAAAAUAUGAGAAAGUGCUUUGUU